AUGCAGGAGCUCCCUGUAGAUCCAUCAGUCCUGGACUCAUCGAUCAGCAGUCGAUGGGAUGAGCUGAUCAGAGCUCAGGUCUUCAACGCCAUUUCAAAAAAUGAGAUUUUCUCGACCGAUGACUCAAGCAGCAUCAUUACCAGAAAACAUGAAGUGGAGAUUGAGUUCUCCUGUCGUUACGAGAAGAAAAACAACAUCUCCCUGGAGUUCACCGCACGUAGACAUAUAACCACCAUCACCGAGAAAGGCUUUGGUACCCUCACCUACAGCUUUGGACUCUUCAGAACAGUAAACUACAACACAGAAAUAGACGUGACCACAUAUCCAGCGGAGUAUGACCUUGGAGAGAUGAUUUAUAUGCAGAUCGAAUCCCAAUCUACGAUCAACAACACAGAGCUUUUCGUUGAAUCUUGUGUGGCGACACCAUACAACGACCCCAGCUACCAAACAUCCUACACAAUCAUCCAAAACGGGUGUAUCUUGGAUGAAACGGUUGAGUUCUACACAAGCCAUCAGCCACUGGUCCGUUUCGGCCUUCAAGCCUUCCGGUUAAAAACCAAUUGACGCUGCUACUGACUA